AUGGAGUCGUCGGGCUUUCUUGCGAAAUAUAUCGGCAUUCCUAUUGUUCUGGGACUGGCCUUCGUACUAUGGAAGCUGUCCCACGUAGGCCGGAGACCGAAGGAUCUCCCUCCAGGCCCUCCUACUCUCCCAAUUUUUGGGAAUCUUCACCAGGUACCUUCCGAGAAGACGUAUCUGCAGUUCCAAAAGUGGGCCGAAGAAUAUGGGCCAGUAUAUUCCCUGAUGAUGGGCACCAAACCUACUAUUGUUCUGUCGUCCGACAUCGCCGUCAAAGAACUAUUGGACAAACGCGGCGGCAUUUAUUCUGACCGCCCCGACUUGUAUAUUAGUCAAGAUGUGGCCAGCGGAGGCCACAGAUUGGUAGUCAUGGCGAGACAGAGAUACGGUGAAAGAUGGCGGACCAUUCACCGACUGAUCCACAAUAUUCUGAACAUCAAGGUGGCUGCAAAGUACGUCCCCUACCAGGACCUCGAGAACAAGGUCCUUCUCAAGGGACUUCUGGAUGCGCCCGGAUCCGAGGAUCUGUUCAAACACUUGAGGAGAUUUACCUACUCGCUCUCCACUCAGAUGAUUUUCGGGUACCGUUGCCCGGAUUUCCGCGACGAAAGACUGGCACAACUUUUUUACGUGGUCAAUGGAUGGAGCGAGGUGUCGGAAAGUGCUUCCUCUCAACUGGCAGAUCUGUAUCCAAUUCUCCAGAAACUACCCAGCUUCAUGCUUCCCAGUGUUCGCAAGGGCAGGCAUGUACACCAGGUUGGGCGAGAGCUCUACACUGAACACUGGUUGAAGGCUAAGCAACAGCUCAAAGAUGGAACUGGCCUGCCAUGUAUCUGUAACGAUCUUCUGCUUGCUCAACAGAGCGAAAAUCUGUCCGAUGAGGCUGUCGGCUACAUAGUGGGAUCCUUGCUCGAAGGAGGCUCCGACACCACGUCCUCGACAAUGUACGCCUUCAUGUUGGCCAUGAUAGUCUUCCAAGACGUACAGAAGAAGGCGCAGGAAGAAAUCGACAAUGUAGUCGGGCCCGACCGCCUGCCAAACGUGGAUGACUACUCCAAACUACCUUACAUUCGUUGUUGUGUUAAGGAGACGCUUCGAUGGAUGCCUACCGUUAUUAUGGGCGUUCCACACAGUGUCACGAAAGAUGAUACCUACAACGGUUGGAAGAUUCCAAAGGGAUCGACUAUCAUCAACAACGUUUGGGGCAUUCACAUGGAUCCCAACCGAUCUCCCGAGCCUCGCCGAUUCAACCCGGACAGAUACAUCGGAGACAAUACAACGCUUUACGAGUCUGCCAAUGGUGAGCCACUGAAGCGAGAUAACUUCAACUUUGGCGCCGGCCGUCGGUUGUGCCAAGGUGUUCAUAUUGCUGAGAGAUCUCUCUACCUUGGAAUGUCUCGAAUCCUGUGGGGUUUCCACCUCCGUAAAGCUCUGGACAAAGCCGGCAACCCGAUUACUCCGGAUAUCAAUGAUCUAGUGGGAGGGAUAACGGUCCAUCCACGUCAGUAUCCUAUUGAUAUCGUGCCGAAAAGCCCUGAGAGGACGUCCAUCAUCCGCCAAGCUGUCAAGGAUGCCGAAGAAUUGCUACACCCAGAAACGGGACAAUGGAAGAAGGUUCCAGAAGGGAUGGUAUUUGGAGCUUGGAAGCCUAUUGAGAAGAAUUGA